AUGGCAUUCGCCGAGCUCCUGGAGCGAGCAGGGGGAGUGGGCCUCUUCCAGGCCCUGCAGGUCUUCACGCUCCUCCUUCCCUCCAUGCUGGUGCCCUCCCAGCUGCUGAUGGAGAACUUCUCGGCUGCCAUUCCGGGCCACCGCUGCUGGGUCCACAUGCUGGACAAUAGCUCCGAGGCCCCCGCAAACCUCACCUCCAAGGCCCUCCUGACGGUCUCCAUCCCCCCGGGCCCCAACCAGGAGCCCCACCAGUGUCGCCGCUUCCGCCAACCGCAGUGGCAGCUCCUGGACCCCAACGCCACGGCCACCAACUGGAGCGAGGCUGCCACGGAGCCGUGCAUGGACGGCUGGGUCUACGACCGCAGCACCUUCACCUCCACCAUCGUGGCGGAGCACCUGCCUCCAGGCCCAGGUCCCCAGGGCCCCUCUCCAGGCCCCAGCGGUGCUUGUCUCCAACACAGGUUCGGGCGGAAGCCGUCACUGAGCUGGUGCUGCCUGCAGGUGGCCUUGGCCAACACCGGCACCACCUUUGCUUCCAAUUUCCUCAUCUACUGUGGCCUCCGGUUCCUGAGUGCUUUCGGAGUGGCCGGCAUCAUCAUGACCCCCGUGACGCUCAUGGUGGAGUGGACCACAACCCGCAGGAGGGCCGUCGCCAUCACAAUGCUGGGGUGCUCCUACAGCCUGGGCCAGAUGGUCCUGGGGGCCUUGGCUUUCACCCUCCGGGACUGGCGAACCCUCCAGCUGGCCGUGUCGAUGCCCUUCUUUGCCAUCUUCCUGAUAUCCUGGUGGCUGCCGGAGUCUGCCCGAUGGCUGAUUAUUGUGGGCAAACCAGACCAAGCCCUUCAGGAGCUCAGAAAGGUGGCCAGGAUCAACGGCCACAAGCAAGCCACAAAGUCACUGACCGUCGAGGUGCUCCUGACCAGCAUGGAGGAGGAGGUGGCCGCCGCGCAGGCCCGCCGGUCGCUGCUGGACCUGUUUCUCGUGCCCAAGCUCCGCUGGAGAAGCUGCUCCAUGUUCCUGGUGAGCUUCUCCCAAAUGGUCUCCUACUAUGGGCUGGUCAUGGACUUGCAGAACCUGGGGAGCGACAUCUUCCUCCUCCAGGUCCUCUUCGGAGCUGUGGACUUACUGGGCCGGGCCACCACCACUUUCUUGUUCAGCUUCUUGGGCCACCGCAUGACCCUGGCCAGCUUCCAGACCAUGGCUGGCCUCUCCAUCCUGGCCAACGUACUGGUCCCACAAGAUUUGCCAACCCUGCGUCUGGUCUUCGCUGUGCUGGGAAAGGGAUGCUUUGGCAUAAGCCUAACCUCUAUCUCUGUCUACAAGCCUGAACUCUACCCGACUGCACUGCGGAUGACAGCAGAUGGUUUCCUGCAGUCGGCAGGUCGUCUGGGGGCUGUGACAGGCCCCCUAAUCAGGAUGACUCGCCAGGCCGCACCCCUGCUGGCCCCCAUCUCCUACGGUGUUAUCCCCAUGGCUUCCAGCCUCAUUCUCCUGCUCUUCCUCCCGGAGACCCAGGGACUCCCCCUUCCUGACACCAUCCAGGACCUGGAGAACCAGAAAUCAGCGGCAGCCAAGGGCAAGCGGCGAGAGGUGGUCAUUACAGAGAGUACCUGGUUCUAGCAGUUCCGCCUGCGUGGAGCCCCUCUGGCUGGAGAUCCCCACGAAGGGAAUUGCUUCCUCUCCAGUGGAGGGAGGAGGCAAUCUGGAGAACCCUGAGGGUCUGGUGUGGCCGGCGCCGGGUGGCUGGGCUGAGGGGCAGCAUUGAGGCUGAAGGUUGCUUUCCCACUCACUUCUGUUCCCCCCACCUCAGCCCUGCAGAGCCUGGCCCGUUGACAAGAUGGGUUCCGUGCCCUCCCCGCCGGGCUCCCAUCUUCACACCUUCACUCAAAACUCCUGACUCACUUCACUGAACCGGAAGCUGUGGGUUUCUCACCUCCGAGCUACCAGAGUGGAUCCUAGGACAAAAAGCGAAGGAUCUGGAUAGACCUGAGUCCCAACCCCUCCCCCACCAUUUGCAGAGUUCUCAUCUGUAAAAUGGAAAUAAUGGCGGAACCUACCUCCCGAGGAAGGGGGAGGGGACGGCAGGGUUAACAGAUCCUAGCACAGACCAGAGUCCAGCAAACAGAAGCUGCUGACGGAGCUGCCAGCUAUGGUGUUCAGCUUGCGCUCUGCCCAAGGCUCCGGCGGAGGAGGCCUGAAAUGGGGGGGAUGAAAUCCAGCCCAGGCUGCGCGGGCACAGAGGGGAUUUGUGCUCAUCGCCUCCUACUUACCCAUUGGGGAGGGAGAGCUUCCCGCCCGUGGUUAUGCAGCAGUCCAUUACUUACAGAUACUCACAGCCCAGGGUGCACCACGCACCCUGCAGGACACGUGGGGCUGCACGCGGGAACCACGGGAACCACCGAAGGCUGUGGGAGCGGGCUUUGUAGCUCCAAGAGGGCAGAGUGACCCCCAGUUCCUGAGGGAGGAUGUGAUUGGUGUGUCAGAGGAAUGCCACCCAUUGACGGGGAACUGAAGCCCCCUGCUCAGGAAUAACAGGAAUGGCCCCUGGUUGCUUGACAAGAAGUGUUGUUUGCUACGGGACCUGACCCACAAGAGCAGGUGGGGCAGGACUUGCAGUUUAGCCAUUCGAGACCCUCCUGCUUUCCCUAUGUGUCAAGGCAACAUAUCAUAUUGGGCCUUAAUUUGAGGCCUUCCAUCACAGGGGCACCCUUUGGUUGUUUGUCUGUCUCAAGGGGUCACCUUUGCCUGAUUCACACAAAGACCCUCCCUGUGCUGGCAGCAGCCCAUGCUGCUAAAACUGUGGGCUCAUUGAGGCUGACCACCUACUUCAGAGGUAAGAAAACCAAAGCUCAGAGAGGUGGAAUGACAUGCCUGGAGUCACAUGGCUGAGCCCUGGCCAGGCCGCUGGCUCUUUCCAGCACACCAGACUCCUCGCCCUCACCUCUAGCCCUCCAGGCCUGACAUCAGCAGCCCUGUCACAGAGUUACUUCCACACCCUUCCCUGGAGACCCAGACCCUUUAGACAACGGCCUACUCUCCUUGGAUGACUCGGAAGCCUCAAGCUGCAGGUUUCCCCAUCCCAGGUAUCCCCAUUUCCCUCUGUCAAAUCCGAUGCACAACAGGCCUAUCAAACACAAUUCAAAUCAAAUCCCCUAUCUGCUUAAAACUCUCUGGAAGCUCAUGGUAAAGACCAUGCUUCCCCCACCAACAAGCUUCCAUGGGUCUCUAGCCUUGC